AUGUUGUCUGUAUUUGCUUUUCUGUGUUUGGGCAGUGCUGCCGUAAUCUACUUCGGCGGCUACGAAAUUAAACGAAAGGCUGAGUAUCUUAAGAGUGCCACCCGCGUGAACGAUUUGAGAGGGCUGAGUGAAUUGCUCGAAAAUAAGACCCGUCCCCUGGUUGUUGCGAUCUCCGGAAGAGUUGGCUCUAAUGCGCCCUUUAAAUGUGAACAUAGUGGCAUUGAGGCUGUUUUUCUAGAGGAAAAGGCCAAAGUUCUUUUUGGGACGAGGAGUAUACAUGGUGGUUUGUUGCGCAAUUUUGCAGAGCGUCUUGUAAAACCUAAGGAGGUUCCGUGGUUUCUGGAAGACGGCACCGGCCUGAUAAAUGUAGUGGGAGCCCAAUAUGCCAAGGGAUUUUAUGAUAAUCUAAAAGAGUUUAUGUUGGAUGAGCCACCGAGUGAACUCAUCAAAAAGUUGGCUAAACCUGAGGGCUACGUCAAGAUUCUUGAACAAACCUGCCUGGAACGUGUUCUUGAGCUUGGUAAGCCCUUGACUAUUGUUGGUGAGGCUGUCAAAUACAGCAAUGGGUCUCUUGUGAUCAAGAGACCCACGGAUGGAUCUUUUACGUUCUUUGAUGAUCUUAGUUCUGUUGAUAAAAUGAUUUCCCUUUUGGAAUCACAUUCACGUGCUCUGGUGUUUUUCUCCAUAGGCUUAACAGCUGUUGGUACACUUGCGUAUUGCUCGUACGUGACGCCUUCAAUAAAAAAGCCUUGGUUUCUAAUCAAAUCACGCACCGCAGCCGGCGAGAAAGCAGAAUCGAAGACCAAGCACAGCUCGACGGGCAAGGAUCAAGGUUCAGAGCCAUUAAGCUUAUAG